UAAUCUUUUCUGUUAGCACACAAGUACCCUCACCAAACGGAAAUUUCUCCAAGAUCCCCUCAUCAGAACACACAGCUCACCACAAGCUCACUGACGGUGACCUAUUCAGCCUCUCUAUUCCAUUUAUUUUGUUCCAUUCCCUUUAUCUUGCUAUAGGCUCCAAGAUGGUCUAUUACUUCACCUCCAACGUGGUCGAUCCUCCAGGUUUCAUCUAUGUCGGCAAGGACAAGUUCGAGAGUAUGCUUCUGCCCAAUGACAAUCAUAAUGCGCUGUUCUGUUCCCCAACAGCUGAGACUUGAUACUAGAUGAGGACCUGAUCAAGUUCGGCUGGGAAGAGGAUAUCUGGUAGGACUCUCCAUUGGAUGAGAGGGCUUGUGCUAAGCAACAUGUAGGUUCCAUGCGGAUAAACUCUCCAGUGCGCAUAUCUACCUUCGCAUGCAGGAAGGCCAGACAUGGGACGCCCUCCCUGAAGAUCUCGUCAUGGACCUUGCUCAGUUGACAAAGGCCAAUUCCAUCGAGGGCAACAAGAAAGACAACGUCACAGUCAUCUAUACACCAUGGUCCAACCUCAAGAAAGACGGCAGCAUGGAGGUCGGCCAAGUUGGCUUCAAGGACCCCCGCAAAGUGAAGCGCAUCCUGGUCCCCCAGCGCGAGAACCCUAUCGUCAACCGCCUCAACAAGACAAAGGUUGAGAAGAAGCCGGACUUCAAGCAGGAGAGAGAUGAUCGACUCAAGGAGCUGCGACGUCGUGACCAGGCAGCUUUCCAAGCCAGGAAGAAGGAGGAGGCUCGGCAGGCUCAGGAGUGGAAGGAGAAGAAGUGGCAGAAGGACCAUGCCUACGAUGAUAUCUUCACAGAGGAUAACAUGGCUGCUUCGAGUAACCAGGACCGCGAUGAGAACUGGGAGGACGACUUUAUGUAAAAUGGGAGAGACAUUAUCAGAGCAGCAUGAUAUGAUGCAUAUUCUUGCAAUUUUAUGCAACUAUGGAUAUCCAAUUUUGGACUACUGAUCUUCAUUCUCGUCAUAUUCCAACGCUAACAGGGUAUUUUUUUAGACAAACUUUCCUUGCCAAACAUAGAAAAAAGAACCUACGACUACUGUCGUUGUCAACCGCUA